GCCUAGGGAGAGCAAGCCUGACCCGGCCGGCCUGCGCGCACUUGGUGUCUUUCUAUCUCUCUCGGUCCCCGCGGAGCGCGGCAGCCAUGCGGCUCGUGUCCGCAGCCUGGCCCCGGCCGGGCCGCUCGCCCGCGGUGCUGCUGCUGCUGUCGCUGCUGGGCUCCUGCCUGGGGCUCGUCGGGGCGGCUCGCAGGCCCAACGUGCUGCUGCUGCUCACCGACGACCAAGACGCGGAGCUCGGCGGCAUGACACCGCUGAAGAAAACCAAGGCCCUCAUUGGAGAGAAGGGGAUGACUUUCUCUAGCGCUUAUGUGCCAAGCGCUCUUUGCUGCCCCAGCAGGGCCAGCAUCCUGACUGGGAAGUACCCACACAACCAUCACGUCGUGAACAACACUCUGGAGGGAAACUGCAGCAGCAAGUCCUGGCAGAAGAUCCAGGAGCCAAGCACGUUCCCCGCCAUCCUCAGAUCCAUGUGCGGUUAUCAGACCUUUUUUGCUGGGAAGUAUCUGAAUGAGUACGGAGCCCCGGAUGCAGGUGGCCUAGAGCACGUCCCUCUGGGCUGGAGUUACUGGUAUGCCUUGGAGAAGAACUCUAAGUACUACAACUACACGCUCUCCAUCAACGGGAAGGCGAGGAGGCACGGUGAGAACUACAGCACGGACUACCUGACGGACGUUCUGGCCAAUCUCUCCCUGGACUUCCUCGACUACAAGUCCAACUCUGAGCCAUUCUUCAUGAUGAUCUCCACUCCAGCACCCCACUCACCUUGGACAGCUGCACCUCAGUACCAGAAGGCUUUCCAGAAUGUCUUUGCACCAAGAAACAAGAACUUCAACAUCCAUGGGACGAACAAGCACUGGCUAAUUCGGCAAGCCAAGACUCCCAUGACGAACUCUUCAAUACAGUUCCUAGAUGACGCGUUCAGAAGGAGGUGGCAAACUCUGCUCUCGGUUGACGAUCUCGUGGAGAAGCUGGUGAAGAGAUUGGACGUCACUGGCGAGCUGGACAACACGUACAUCUUCUAUACCUCAGACAAUGGCUACCACACAGGGCAGUUCUCUUUGCCAAUAGACAAAAGACAGCUGUAUGAGUUUGAUAUCAAAGUUCCACUGCUGGUUCGAGGGCCUGGAAUCAAACCAAACCAGACAAGCAAGAUGCUGGUCUCGAAUAUUGACUUGGGCCCCACAAUCCUAGACCUUGCUGGCUAUGACCUGAAUAAGACACAGAUGGAUGGAGUGUCCUUAGUACCCAUUCUGAAAGGAGCCAGCAACUUAACCUGGAGGUCAGAUGUCCUGGUGGAAUACCAAGGAGAAGGCCGUAACAUCACUGACCCGACCUGCCCUUCCUUGAGUCCUGGAGUGUCUCAAUGUUUCCCCGACUGUGUGUGUGAAGACGCCUACAACAAUACCUAUGCUUGUGUGAGGACGCUGUCGUCACUGUGGAACCUGCAGUAUUGUGAGUUUGACGACCAGGAGGUGUUCGUAGAAGUCUAUAAUAUAACUGCAGACCCAGACCAAAUCACCAACAUUGCUAAAACUAUAGACCCCGAGCUUUUGGGGAAGAUGAACUAUCGCUUGAUGAUGCUCCAGUCCUGUUCGGGGCCAACCUGUCGCACUCCGGGGGUUUUUGAUCCGGGAUACAGGUUUGACCUGCGUCUCAUGUUCAGCAAUCACGGCAGCGUCAGAACGAGAAGGUUCUCGAAGCACCCUCUGUAGGGACCGUGCCAGCUCUGCGUUGGAUCCUCACACAUCCCUUUCUCGUGAAGUGGUUGCAGUAGGAGCCAUGCCUGGAAGAGCUCUGGCCUGGCCGUUCAAGUCCUAUUUGAAAAAUCCCCCCACUGGUCAGCUGACUUCCAGUACUGUGACUCCAACCCCGUGUUGAAGCGGCUGACUCUGUCUCUUCCUUCAGAUGACAACCAACACUCCUGAGGUCUUUGUCCUCUCCAUGUCCCGUCAUCUCGGGUGGGCACCAUGUGUGAUGACCUCCCACGUGGUCAAGUCUGAAUUUGUCAAACUGCUCAGAUAAAUGGCAAUACUUUAGGGCAGAAAGAAAAGGCCUUUUGGUAUGUGGCUAGCCCCAAAUCUACAGCCCUGUAUAGCAUCUCAGACUGAGCCUCACCAUCAAACACACACAGCCGUGCAAAGAACUGUCUGUGGAGAAGUGGUGUUCACAACAUGGUCGUGGUAAACGUGCCCCUUGUCACCCAAGCUCUGCUCUGUUCUGCUGGAACCCUGGGCUAUGCUGGUGCAGCUGGAGGCUGUGUAGGGUUAAAGGUGAAUCCCCCUAGCUCUCGGAGCCAUCAGCUCCUCAGUGGCUCCAACCAUGCUGCGUGCUCAGAAGCCCUGGAGAGAAGGCACGCCAAAGGGAAGGGCUAGCAUGCUUCAUGAGUGCCAGAGAUCAGCGCAGAGCAGGCUUGGCCAAGCAGGUUGAAGGGCUGCACAGAGAAGUGCCUGUCCAGGGGUUCUCAAGUGUCAGUGCCGCAAGAUGUCAUUGUGACCGGCUGCAGUUAGCUGCCUUUCUCAUUUAACAUAGUGGGUGACUCAGGGCUGGUGUGAAGGACCAGCUGCUUUGUCCCACCUGCCCCCGCUCCCCCCAUGUAAGCUCUUGAGUCUCCAGAGUCUUGACCAACUAGGUUCAGUCAGUGUUCCCUGUCCAAGGUUCCUUGCUGCCCAGAACUGCAUCCUCCUGUUCCUUAGCUCGAAGACAAAUUCCACUCUGACAUUUCCGCGGUGGGGCCGAGUACUGGUAGAGCAGCAGAGGAGAAGGGAGACGUGUGGUUUUAACCUGAUCUACGUAGGCAGUAUGUGAUUUUAGCUUUACACAGCCUCUGCCCAGCUUUAAACACUUGGAACACACAGCUAGAAGCCACUUUUGGGAUCCCAGAGGCCAUGUUGGGGCAGUAGCCAUGGAGUUGAUUCCUUUACCUCAUGUGACCCCAGCAUCUGCAGUGGUACUGAGACAGUGGAUGGACGCUCUGCUGUGGCCGCUUUACAGGGAGAGGAUGGGAACUGAAUCCCAGACACCGUCUUCUGCAUUAGUGAGGGUGACCGUAGCUGUCCCCAGUACAAACCCAGCCGCUCUCACCAGGCCUUGGGCUGUGGCGCCAUCGCCUUCAGUUUCGGGGCAGCGCCUAGAAGCAGGUGAAGCCAGAGUGGCGUGAGCCACCACGAGUGUCUCUACCUCGCUGCCCUUACUUUAGGUGACAUGUCCAGGGGGUGGGGCAUGGUGCCGGUCCUGCUGACACUGGAGUGGACCUCAGUUUACCCCAACAGACCACAGCGUGCACAGCUUCCCACCCAAGGGCCUUGUAAUCUGAUGUCUCCCUUGGAGGCGUGCGCCAGUGUCUUCAAAAUAGAGAGCCAUAAAACCAAUGUGGAACGCAGGGAUUUUGCCUUAAAAGACUUAAUGUCUUAAAGCUGUCCCUCAGACACGAAGUAAAGGGCACGCUUAGAGUGUCAUUGGGUUUGACAAGUGGCACUGUCGCAAACACCUGAAUUGUCAGCGCUAGGGGUUUUGUGCAAAAUAGUAAGGGUAGCUGUGGAGGUUACACCUUCAUCUGUGAGAAAUAAUCUUAAACUUGCAACUAUCUACAGACAGCGGUUUUUUCUAUUUUUUCUUUUUUUUUUUUUUAAACAAAAGAAAACAGGCCAGAAUCCUCAGGAGCUCCACUAGGUAGGCGCACACUGCGGGCUUUAGUUCACCAGCUCUUUCUUCUCGAUGGACUUGAAAAUUCUCUCCUUAGCACCACGUGUUCUGGAAGUCACUCUGCCCUGGCUCUGUGUCAUCUCGUCACUUAGAAAGUGCCCUUCAAAGGACCCUGUUCACUGCUGCACUUUUCAAUGAAUUAAAAUUGUUUCUGUUCGA